AUGGCAAAAUCAGCGCAACAACGAUUAGGUAGAACAGACUUCGUUUAUCCAUUAAGUUGUGUUUUUAAAAUAUCUGGACCCGAUAGAACUACAACUAAUUAUGAAGUUAUAUAUGAACGUAAAAUUACGGUACAAGCGGGUAUACUUAAUGAUGGAGUUAACCUUCAUUUAAAUGUAUUAACUCGACAACAACAACAUUAUCGUCUUGCAGCAACUGCUGAAGAUGGUCAACAUAUUCGGUAUAUUCCAUUUUCGCCGAAAAAAUUUUUCGCCGAAGACGAAUUUCGCCGAAAAGAAAUUCGCCGAAAAGAAGUUCGCCGAAAAAAAAGUUCACCGAUUCUAUUUUCGCCGAAAGAACUUGGUCACCGAAAAAAUAUAAGUUGA